UCAGGAGUUUUUGAUCGGUGUGUAUGUCUACAGUCGUGAGUGGGGUAAGUGUCUCAACGUUAGACUCACGCCUACGAUGACCGCCCGGGAGCUCAUCGAGUACGUGGUCAAAAAGGCGAACAUCAAGGAUAACGCGGACCGGCUGUGUGUCUACGAGAUAGUGUACAACGAACAGCUGGAACGGCCCGUCCAUCACACUGACAUAGUGUUGGCGGUGACCCUAUCGUGGGUGAAAUGGUCGCAACAGUACUCGCGCGACAACUACCUGUGCGUCCGGACGAACACUCUACAACCAGUUGGCGGGUCAGCUGCGCGA